UCCGUGAGGUCGAAGGUGAAGUCAAUAUUGCUUCGCUUAACAUCAUGGCGGGCUCUCGUGUGGAAGUGAAGAGGAGACACGAUUCACAGGAUAAAGUAGAAGAAGAUGAGGAAGAUGAGGGCUGGGUUGGGCCCUUGCCGGCUGAGGCAACGCAGUCGAAAAAAAGAAGGGUGCUUGAAUUUGAACGUGUAUAUUUGGACAACCUUCCAAGUGCUGCUAUGUAUGAAAGAAGCUACAUGCAUAGAGAUGUGAUUACUCACAUAGUUUGCUCAAAGACAGAUUUUAUUAUAACUGCAAGUCAGGAUGGUCAUGUUAAAUUCUGGAAGAAGAAAGAAGAUGAGGGAAUUGAAUUUGUAAAGCAUUUUCGAAGCCAUUUAGGUGUGGUUGAAUGCAUUGCAGUAAGCGCAGAAGGGGCUUUAUUUUGCUCAGUUGGCGAUGAUCAGGCUAUGAAAGUUUUUGAUGUUGUGAAUUUUGACAUGAUCAACAUGCUUAAACUUGGCUUUCACCCUGGGCCUUGUGAAUGGAUUUAUAAUCCUGGAGAUGCCAUAUCCACUGUAGCCUGUUCAGAGAAAACCACCGGGAAGGUUUUUGUCUAUGAUGGAAGAGGAGAUAAUACACCAAUUCAUGUGUUUCAGAAAAUGCAUUCUUCUCCUCUUUGUCUAAUUCGGUUGAACCCAUCCUUCAAGGUAGUGGUUUCUGCUGACAAAGCUGGAAUGAUAGAAUACUGGACUGGACUACCAAGUGAAUUUAAAUUUCCUAAGAAUAUUAACUGGGAAUAUAAGACUGAUACAGACCUGUAUGAAUUUGCUAAGUGUAAAACAUAUCCAACCAGUCUGGCUUUUUCACUUGAUGGUAAAAAAAUGGCGACAAUUGCAUCAGACAGAAGAGUACGCAUUUUUCGUUUCUUAACUGGAAAGUUAAUGCGAGUUUUUGAUGAAUCCUUAACGAUGUUCACAGAACUCCAGCAAAUGAGACAGCAGCUUCCUGAUAUGGAGUUCGGAAGACGUAUGGCCAUAGAACGAGAGCUGGAAAAAGUGGAUGGGAUUAGACUAGCUAAUAUAAUCUUUGAUGAAACGGGGCAUUUUGUUCUUUAUGGAACAAUGCUAGGAAUUAAAGUCGUUAAUUUGGAAACAAACAAGUGUGUAAGAAUCCUGGGUAAACAGGAGAAUAUUCGUGUUGUCCAACUGGGUUUGUUUCAGGGCACUGCAAAAGCACACAAAGCUGCAACUACCAUUGAAAUGAAGGCAUCCGAAAACCCGGCCCUUCAGAGUGUUGAACCAGACCCAACAGUCUUCUGCACUGCUUUUAAAAAGAACAGAUUUUAUAUGUUUACCAAGAGGGAGCCAGAAGACACCAAGAGCGCAGAUUCAGACAGGGAUAUUUUUAAUGAAAAACCCUCUAAAGAAGAAGUUAUGGCAGCCACACAGGCAGAGGGCCCUAAACGAGUGUCAGACAGCGCCACUAUUCACACAACAAUGGGUGAUAUUCACAUUAAACUCUUCCCUGUGGAGUGCCCCAAAACGGUGGAAAAUUUUUGUGUUCAUAGCAGAAAUGGAUACUAUAAUACUCAUAUAUUCCAUAGAGUUAUCAAGGGUUUCAUGAUCCAGACUGGAGACCCCACAGGUACGGGAAUGGGUGGAGAAAGCAUCUGGGGAGGAGAAUUUGAAGAUGAAUUUCAUGCUACGUUGAGACACGACCGCCCAUACACCCUGAGCAUGGCCAAUGCUGGCCCUGCCACAAAUGGCUCUCAGUUCUUCAUUACAGUUGUACCAACACCUUGGUUAGACAACAAGCACACUGUUUUUGGAAGAGUUACCAAAGGCAUGGAAGUUGUGCAGAGAAUUUCAAAUGUGAAGGUGAACCCCAAGACAGACAAACCAUACGAGGAUGUCAGCAUUAUAAACAUCACAGUUAAGUGAGGACAGACUGCAAAGCAGUUGAUUUGCUUAUUCAAAUGUAUACAAAGUGCAACACUUCAAUAAACUUCCUUGUUUU